ACGUCCGGCUGCUGCGCGCACUAUAUAAAUGACGUAAUAGUAUUUCCGGUCCUUUCUCACGCUUCUCCAAAUCAAGAUGACUAAGAAGAGGAGGAAUAACGGUCGUGCUAAGAAGGGACGUGGGCAUGUCCAGCCCAUCCGCUGCACAAACUGUGCCCGGUGUGUGCCCAAAGACAAAGCCAUCAAGAAGUUUGUCAUCAGAAAUAUUGUGGAGGCUGCGGCUGUAAGGGACAUCUCUGAAGCCAGUGUGUUUGACUCCUACGUUUUGCCCAAACUGUAUGUGAAGCUGCACUACUGUGUCAGCUGUGCCAUCCACAGCAAAGUGGUGAGGAACCGUUCUCGUGAGGCCAGGAAGGACCGUACCCCUCCUCCACGCUUCAGGCCCGCUGGUGGUCCUCCACGUCCCCCUCCAAAACCAAUGUGAUCUGGAGAUAUAGGAUACAUGUUUCUGUAAAGAAAUAAAGAUGACUAAACCUAAAA